UAUUGUUGUGGAGAAGGAAGGUUGCUAUUCGCGGAUCGACCAGUAGAUGUCCUGCUAACAAACUGGUUAGACUGCCGGCAGGUAUCGACUCCAGUGUGUGAACCCUACGAAAAUGUGAAACCCCAAACGCAUUCGAACCCGGUGUUCCAUCCGGUUCAACUAGUUACCACUCUUGAACAAAUAUUGAAAUCAGAACCAUACACAGAGGAGACGAAAAAUGAGCUAUUUCACACUGCAAUACAGUUAGCUGUGUUACUUGCCUUUGAAUACUGUCGUACAUCAGAUCCAAAGCCCAGUUCGAAAAUGGAAGAUGUCCUCAUCGUUCUGUCUUCAAUAAAUUGCUUGGCACUGUUCCGACCAAAAUCGGAAAGCGGAUCCGAGGAUGAUCAGGAGGCGGAUCUGGUGCGUGAGCUUAGCCCUACGUCUACCUCUCCUCCAGAUGCAAUUGAUGCCCUCAUAGACCAGCUGCACAAUAUAGCCGUUUCCAAACUCAGUCCAACCUACACAGCCCCUAGUCUACUCAAAGCAGUGGCGCCUCCCAACUGGAUAGCCUUAUUGAUCGCCCGAAUAUACCUAAAGAAGGUGUGAGCCUCGUGAUCUAUGAAGAAGCUGACACAGCUUGAGGAUUUGCGUAGUCAAUUUGGGGCCAGUGUUUAUGGUCUCUUCCGCGUGCCUUCUGCUUUUACACACACUUCACUAAAAUUGUCCUGUUUUUCAUCUUCCCUAGCGUUUCUUAAUGUUCCACUUUCUUAAUUAAUCCACCCUUUAGCAUCAAUAAGUACAAUGAACUGAGCCAUCUGCCACCACAGUGAGUGGAGCGACUCGUUUUAAAUUGAUCACAUCAUGUUCCCUGGAUAAAUGAAAAGAUAUCCCAUCAGAAUGGAGUAUGAUCUGACAUGAGUGCCUCAAUGAGGCACUCCAAUCAUCAUGCUUUGUAAUAUUUUUCUUCUGACAGAAGCGCUCACUCUGAUUUUUCUUUAAUAAUAGUUUAUAUUUAUG